AUGUGCAAGUGGGUGGCAACCACCUUGGGUAGGCAAUGCCUAGGGAUUCUUGAGAGAAAGUAAUAGAAUAGUGACCGGCAUAACCCCCACAAAUCGAAAGAGGUAAAAGGGAAACGAGUAAGUCGCCACAUUGGCUCAGAUUUCUCCAGGCUGUGAGAUCAUCCGUCUCUCCUAUCUAUAGUGUGCACUAUACAGAGUAAAGGACUCUGUGCAUACUGCUGAAAAAAAAUAAGGUCGGCAGUCACUCUAAGUUGGAUCAGCCAUAAUGAGAAUCAAGUAAGUCUCUACCAUUCUUGUGACGAGAACAAAAUAAGGCAGUUAAGCCUUCAGUGUUAAAAGAUAAGUAAGGAGCUCUCACACAGUACAUCUAUCCAACAUGGCAGUCAGGCCCACCCCCUCUCAAAUGUGCAAUUUUGAUACGGUUUGGAAGAGCUAUGGCUAGCGCCCUUCUUGUUCUUCAUCCGCCAUGUGGAUCAUGACGGAAUGCUAAGCUAUACCUGAUGAAUUCCUCCAUCUCUGAACAUUCUCCUAUGCAAUUACAAUAACAAUUAUAUUGUAUAGCACCAACAUAUUCCACAGAGAUGUACAAUGGGAAAGAAAGAAAAGUCUGUCGUAAAAACUUAUCAAAAUGUCUUUGAAAACAGGUCUUGGAAAAUGGGCUCUAUGUCCCCUUAUGAUGAUAAACUGCCGCAUUUACUUUAUUGUAUAACAAUCAGACUCAGUGACUCUACAUGUCUGUGUCAAACAACACUAAUUUAUAAUGUUUAUUAAACAAGACACAGACCAGAUCAUUUAAAGAAACAGAAUCAAUAUAAGCCCUGAGCUAAAACUAACAUUACUCCUGGGCAACAUUGAUGGUUUUAGUAUUCAUCAGUCAAAAUAUAUAAACAAAAUAAAAUAAAGGUGCAAACAAAAAGGUAUCACCACAAUAUGAAUGUGUUUAGUGAAUACUAAGCAAAUAAAUACUUAUCUUAACAAUAAAUGAAACAGCCUCCCCAGGUCAUCACCCAGAAAAAUGAUCUUUACAUUGCAAGUUAUGAAGAAACCAGAAACAUUUGGGAUAUGGCUGUACAAUACAAAAAACAAGGGGAAGGGAGAUAGUACAAUAAUCUUACUCCUGAUCGGGGGUUAACCCCUAGUGCAACAAAAUGCACUAUAAAACUAAACAAUAAGGAAGGGAGACAGGAGAAGGGACAGGAUAAAUGAUAGAGUGUCCUGCAGAGUGGUAGUUGCCUCGUUAUAGAGCGGUGACCUUGGGAUAGGUUGGACUCGGGGAGAUCACAAAAGAGGAAAGAUAAUUAAAACUUCACUUUUAAUUUAAAUAGUUAAAAGGGGGUUAUACAAAUAAAUUUUAGUUCAAAUGACUGUUGCAAGAAAUCCUCAAGUGAUACAGUUACACUGCCUGUUAACAAAGUGAAAUGCCACUGUGGGAACAGCAGCUACAAAUUAGUAGUGUCAAUAAUGUAUCGAUAUACCAGUAUCCGGGCUCAAGGAAAAAUAGCCAAGUCCCAGUGAGCUGCACUGAAGCUGUUAACAAUACUGAUAACAAUAUUUACCAAAACUGCAGUGUCUGGACUCCAAAACAAGCUUGAGAGUGCCAGUAAACUGCAGAAAAGAGCAUCUCAGAAAUGAUGACAGGGUCCUGUGUUAAAGACCGUGAGAAAUAGCAUCUAGAGGUAUGUGCUGGCGGGAGUAUCUGCAGUAUGGUAACUAGAAGGUACAAACUGCAAAAUGUUGCCUUGUAGAUUCUGCAGGGACUGGCUUAAUGACCAAAGAUUGGAAGAUUUUAGGAAGGCUGUGCUUCAUUAAGCUAAAGUUGUUCAGGUGACCAUAGUGUCCCUUUAAUCAAUCCAGAAAUAUCCAUCUUAUUUAUAUCUACCUUCCUGUCUUCAUUCGUGUUUGGAGGCUGUGACGGUAGUAAACUGUAUCACCAUCAAGCAUUCCCUUCUUCCCAUAAAAGAAAAUCACCAAGUAAUCCACAGGAAUAAAUAUCGCUGGUAUCGCCAAAUAAUCCACACAUGAGCCAAAGCUUAAUGCUGGAACAAGACUGACUUUUAAUGACAUACUUUGCUUUUAUGCAAUUAUCCCGUGCAAGAGAGACGCCCACAGACAUUUAUGAAUUAACUGUCGAAGGUAAAAAUUCAGCUGAAUUAAAGAUGGCCACCACCACGUGUUCAUUUGUUGAAUGGCGGCCCCCCAGCGUUCUGCAAUUUACCUACAGCAGGCUCCCAACCUUGAGAGGUGAAUUGCCUGCACACUUCCACUUCUGGGUGGUCCGCCUGUGUGGUUCCUGGUUCAGUAAGCCCCAUUUACUGAACCAAGUGGGAGAAAGCCAGGAACACAGUAUAUUAACAGUCUAGGGACACUGGGGACAAAGUCUUAAAGGGGCAUUGUUCCCAAAAGUCACAGUAUGUCCCCAGAUGGUUCUUAAAGGGGCAGCAGCAGCAUAAUAACAUACAAUAUGCCCAACUACUGUAUUUAAAGGGCCAAACCUCCCAGGGACCAGAGGCUGGCAAGUAGUCCUCUCCAGGCACAAGUGGCGAGGUUAAUUUCACAUAUCUGAUGCUUCAUACUAUGUGUGUGUCAUAUUCAGCUUCAUUAAAUCAGCCUGAAGGUUAAACCUCAGUGUAAUAAACAGUCUGCAAUAGUUACAUGUCGUACACUGUGUGGGAACUGUCCUGUACAAUGAUACACUGUGUAUCCAGCCCUAUAUACUGAUACAUAUACAAUGAUACACUGUGUAUCCAGCCCUAUAUACUGAUUCAUGUACAAUGAUACACUGUGUGUCCAGCCCUAUAUACUGAUACAUGUACAAUGAUACACUGUGUGUCCAGCCCUAUAUACUGAUACAUGUACAAUGAUACACUGUGUAUCCAGCCCUAUAUACUGAUACAUAUACAAUGAUACACUGUGUAUCCAGCCCUGUAUACUGAUACAUGUACAAUGAUAUACUGUGUAUCCAGCCCUAUAUACUGAUACAUGUACAAUGAUACACUGUGUAUCCAGCCCUGUAUACUGAUUCAUGUACAAUGAUACACUGUGUAUCCAGCCCUGUAUACUGAUACAUGUACAAUGAUAUACUGUGUAUCCAGCCCUGUAUACUGAUACAUGUACAAUGAUACACUGUGUAUCCAGCCCUGUAUACUGAUACAUGUACAAUGAUAUACUGUGUAUCCAGCCCUGUAUACUGAUACAUGUACAAUGAUACACUGUGUAUCCAGCCCUGUAUACUGAAACAUGUACAAUGAUACACUGUGUAUCCAGCCCUGUAUACUGAAACAUGUACAAUGAUACACUGUGUAUCCAGCCCUGUAUACUGAUACAUGUACAAUGAUACACUGUGUAUCCAGCCCUGUAUACUGAUACAUGUACAAUGAUAUACUGUGUAUCCAGCCCUGUAUACUGAUACAUGUACAAUGAUACACUGUGUAUCCAGCCCUGUAUACUGAUACAUGUACAAUGAUACACUGUGUCCAGCCCUGUACAAUGAUUCAUGUACAAUGAUACACUGUGUAUCCAGCCCUGUAUACUGAUACAUGUACAAUGAUAUACUGUGUAUCCAGCCCUGUAUACUGAUACAUGUACAAUGAUACACUGUGUCCAGCCCUGUACAAUGAUUCAUGUACAAUGAUACACUGUGUGUCCAGCUCUGUACAAUUAUACAGUGUGUCCAGCCCUUUAUGAUUGAUGUACAAUAAUACACUGUAUGUCCAUCCCCUUAUAAGGAUUCAUGUACAAUGUAAACAUUCUGUGAUACAUUGUAACUGUUCUAAAUGUGUCAAUAUUUAUUUCCGGCUCACUGUAAGUAUUGUACAUCCAGCCAGCAGGUGGCGCUGUGGUUUUAUCCCGUCAAUGCAGCUGGCUGUGUCGCUCCCCUUCCAACUGAGCUGACAUUGAGCUGCAGUCUGGGACAGUCUGGCUCCAUAUCCUGCAUCUCUCUGACCCUGGGUAAGGAUUCCAUGCUGCAUCUCAGCUCUCUUCAAUAUCUCUGUAAUGGAAUAAAGUGCACUCUGUAACCCUUUAAUGGGCUGACUGGCACCCACUGGGUUAAAAUAAAAUAGAUUUGCAGUACGGCACUAUAUGGUCCAUUAAUCUUUUCAUGUAUAAGUAAAUUGCUAGAACCAUCAUGUUGUUUAUUUAUUUUUUAUUAAUAAACACAGUUUGGCAGCACAUGAAUCCUGCUAUCCUGUAGUAUAUAUCAUUCAUAUACUGUAGAAAUGUAUGCCCUUUUCUGUAUUCCUCCUGGAGAAAUGAAUUGGUUUCCAUCCUGUUGCCAUGGGGUGCUGGGCAGCACUUUUCAUGCCCUGCCCAAUAGCAGUAAACACACUUUGCAGUUUGCAUUAUACAGUGUUGCACACUGUGCUCUUUAUCCACUUUGAAAUGGGUUGUUUUUCUAUUCUUGUCUUUUAACAUGGUGAUAGCUACAGAAAAAGAAGAAAUGCUAUGUAUGUGUUUGUCAGCUAUGAAAGUAAACAGAACUUUACUAAACUCCAAUGAAGUUUUCUUUUGGUGUGUGAUAUGUUGAUCACAUUGUUUAUUUUAUAUACAAUAAGAAACAGUGUGCACAUUACAUACAUUUUACAAGGCUACUUAAAAUCACUUAUCUCGGCAAACAAUUAUGGGGACUCCGUUCCACCAUACGGUCAUAUUGUGUGGAGCCCACCACUACGUCACAGUACCCCAGUAUCGGUGGGUCCUACACUGAUUACAAACUUGGGAGACAAAUUAAAUAGUGCUAAAUAAGCUAAAGGGUAUUUUAAUCAUCUGUUGUAAGAGCAUUGGGAAUUUAUAUAUGGCAAAACUAAUGUGAUAAACGCAAUUUAAAAAAGUGUCAAAACCAAACAAAGUGAUAGUGCUUAUAUGUAUAUACUCGCAAUGCAAAUUAUAUCUGCUCUGUGAAAAAUAUAAUUGAAAAGGUUUGGAAGUGACCACAUGUAAGCAUGAAUGUGAGCAGGUUUUGAAUAGUAAUGUCACUUUAAUUAUAUUUUUCAUAGAGCAGAUAUGAUGUACAUUGUGAGUAUAAACAUCAAAGCAUUAUCACUUUAGUUUUGACACUGCAUUUCUUGAAUUUAAUUUAUCACAUUAAUUGUGUGUGUAUAUAUGUAUGUGUGUAUAUGUAUGUAUGUGUGUGUGUGUGUAUAUAUAUAAAAAUGUAUAUAUAAAAAUGUAUAUGUAUGUAUGCUUUUCCAACAUGUUAUUGAAAUACCAUUUAGCUUGUUUAGCACUAGAACUUAAUUUGUCUCCUAUGUUUUGGAAUAGUUUAGGACCCACUGAUACUGGGGUACUGUGAACUAUGGCCAUAUGGUGGAACUGAAUCACCAUAUUUGUUUGCUGUAAUGGGUGAUUUUAAGUAGCCUUCUGACAUUUUAAAUGUAUGUUUUUGUGUUAUCUGUAACUUACGGGAACCCUAUAGGGUCAGGAACACAAACCUGUAUUCCUGACCCUAUAGUGUUAAAACCACCAUCUGUCCCCCUAAAUAUAGAAAAAUAUUUUAUUCCAGUCUGCUGCUUGCUCUGCCUCUGAUCUGCCUGCUUGGCUGACAUAAUCAGAAGUGGUUGUCUGAGCCAAUCAGGGCUCGAGUCCUGCAGUAACGCAUGGGAACGGCGUUCCUGCACUUUUUCCAAAGCAGGAACGCCGUUCCUGCUAGUAUUCCUGCAGGACCUGCCCUGCUACCUGCACAUGGGGGGCCCAGCACACUGUGUCCCCUCUCCAGCUGCAGCUCACAAUCGCGAGACCCGCGGCCGUCACAGCGUUGCCACGGGUUACCAUGGCAACGCUCCGCAUAGCAUGCAGGCGAGUCUCAUGAGAGCUAGACUGAGCUGGAGAGGGAACACAGUGUGCUGGGCCCCCGUGUGCAAUGGCUGGCUCUCUCCACCAUGCCACCGGACCACCAGGCGAUCUCCGCCCUCCCUGACAAGGUAAGAAGCAGGCAGGGGGGAAAUAAAAUAAAAAAUUAUACCCACAUAAAUUAAAAAAAUAUGCUUCCCCCCCCCCAACACACACACAUUACACACACACAAUCAUCCAACACACACACUGCACUCACUACAUACACUAUACACAAUCUGCACUCACUACAAAAUCACUACAUUUAUUAUACACGCACUGCACUAUAUACAUUUAUUUUUUUGGGGGGGGGGGUGAGGGAGAGAAUCUUGGGUGAGUUCCCACACUUUUUUCCCCAGGACUUGACCCCUGGAGCCAAUAACAAUGCUUUGACAUAGUAUUGGCUGAGACUGUCAAGGAGGCAGAUCAAGGGCAGAGCCAGCACAAGUCAAACACAGCCCUGGCCAAUCAGCAUCUCCUCAUAGAGAUACAUUGAAUCAAUGAAUCUCUAUGAGGAAAGUUCAGUGUCUGCAUGCAGAGGGUGGAGGCACUGAAUGUCAGUCACACUGUGCAGCACUGCCCCAGGAAGCACCUGUAGUAGCCAUCUGAGGAGUGGCCACAGGAGAUAUCCCUAGGCCAGAGGUAGGCAACCUUCAGCAAUGCAGAUGUUGUGGACUACACCCCCUAUAAUGCUCUUACACCUAUAAUGCUAGCAAAGCAUCAUGGGAGGUGGAGUCCAAAACAUCUGGAGUGCCGAAUGUUGCGUAUGCCUGCCCUAGGCUGUAAUGUAAACACUGAAUUUUAUCUGAAAAGAUCUUGUUUACUGCAAAAAGCCUGAAGGGAAUGAUUCUACUCACCUGAACAAAUACAAUACGUUGUAGUUGUACUGGUGACUAUAGUGUCCAUUUAAUCUGUAUUUUGUAUCAUGUUCCCUUUUUUGUUUUUACUAUUGUUUAUUUUGUAGACUUGUACACAAAUGCAUUUCAGCUGGAACAAAUGAACUAAAUGCCUUUAAACCUGUGUCUGCACUAACCAAUCCAUAUUAUCCAACCAAUAAGACUCCACACAUAAUCCCAGACAGAUCGACUCGGUCAGGCGCAGAUUCAAGGGCAUUGGAUUUGUUCAUCCCAGCUCAAACGCAUUUGUGCACAGGUCUAUAUUUUGGUUCCCGUGCUACACAGGGAGGAAGGCAUUACAGGUGGGUAGCAGAGGAGCCUAUUCACUAAACUCUGAAUUGUAGUCACACAUUUAGGGCAGUAUACACAAAUUUUAAGACCUCGCCAAUCCUGCUACUUUGACCUGGAUUUUGCAAUGGCUAUCGCAGUUUGAGAGUUGCAAAUUGUAGGGCAAAAUACUUUAAUUGUGCUCAAACAAGUCAACACAACUUUAAUCCCAGCUCAGCUUCUUUUACCAAAUGUUUGCGAUUUCCUGGUCAAUUCUCCAUAAUUUCUGGUAGAGGAAAUAACCUCUACCAAAGAUUAUUAAGGGCUAAUAUUCAAGAAUUCCUUGAGAAGAACAUGAUUAUCAGCAAAAAUCAGCAUGGUUUUAUGAAGCACAGGUCAUGUCAAACUAACUUGAUUGCGUUCUACGAAGAAGUAAGUAGAAGUAUAGAUCAGGGUGUUGCCGUGGAUGUGAUCUAUUUGGAUUUUGCCAAGGCAUUUGAUACAGUUCCACACAACAGAUUAGUGUUCAAACUCAAGGAAAUCGGUCUAGAUGAAAAUGCUUGUUCUUGGGUAGAACAUUGGCUUAAAAAUAGAGUACAAAGAGUUGUCAUUAAUGGUACAUUUUCAAGCUGGACAGAGGUGGCAAGUGGCGUCCCUCAGGGGUCUGUUCUGGGACCCCUAUAUUUAACAUGUUUAUAAAUGAUCUUGAAGACAGCAUUGAAAGUCAUGUUUCAGUGUUUGCAGAUGACACAAAACUCUGUAAAAUAAUACAAUGUGAGCAAGAUAUUACUUUGUUGCAGAGGGAUUUAGAUAGACUGGGGGACUGGGCACUCAUGGCAGAUGAAAUUUAAUGUUGAAAAAUGCAAAGUUAUGCACUUCGGCGUAAAGAAUACACAUGCAACGUAUACCCUUAAUGGAAGCGAAUUAGGGAUAACAACACACGAAAAGGACUUGGGAAUUGUUAUAGACAACAAACUAUGCAACAAUGUGCAAUGUCAAUCAGCAGUGGCCAAGGCCAGUAAGGUAUUGUCAUGCAUGAAAAAGGACAUUCAUUCUCGGGACAAGAAUAUAAUUUUGCCUCUUUAUAAAUCACUGGUAAGACCACAUAUUGAAUAUGCUGUGCAAUUUUGGGCACCUGUUCUAAAGAAGGAUAUUAUGGCACUAGAAAAAGUGCAGAGGCGGGCUUCACAAUUAAUAAAAGGAAUGGAACAUAUCAGCUAUGAAGAAAGGUUAACAAAUUUAAACCUAUUUAGUUUAGAAAAACGUCGCCUGAGAGGGGAUAUGAUAACAUUAUACAAAUAUAUUCGGGGGCCAGUACAAACCAUUGUGUGGAAAUCUAUUCACAAACCGGACUUUACAUAGGACACGAGGCCAUGCGUUUAGACUGGUAGAAAGAAGAUUUCGUCUAAGGCAAAGGAAAGGUUUUUUUACUGUAAGAACAAUCCGGAUGUGGAAUUCUCUGCCUGAAAAAGUGGUUUUAUCAGCGUCCAUACAGAUGUUCAAACGGCUACUAGAUGCAUACUUGCAAGAACAGAAUAUUCCAGGAUAAAAUCUUUCAAUGUAGGGUAAUAACUGCUUGAUCCAAGGAUAAAUCUGACUGCCAUUCUUGAGUCAAGAAGGAAUUUUUUUUCCUAGCUUGUUGCAAAAUUGUGCUUCAAACUGGUUUUUUUUGCCUUCUUUUGGAUCAACAGCAAAAAACAAAUGUGAGGUAGGCUGAACUUGAUGGAUGCAUUUAGCUAUUUAGCGAAUAAGCCCCAGGUAUCUGUUUUAUUCUUUCUCACCAGCCUGCACAUAUAAUGUCACUUAAUAAACAAAUGUGUAUAUGUUAAAUAUAAAUAUACUGUUUUAUAAACAAUUUUGAGAAAUUUUAUUGAUAUUCUGCAAGAUUUUAUUUUUCACAUCAUUGCAUUUUUUUUUCUUUUACCAUUGAAACCACAGCUAAUAUAUAUAAUUUUUUUCUUUCAUGUAGAUAUCAUGGAAGGCUUAAAAAGGUUGAGUUUUGUUUACCACACUAGCCUACGGAUGAGUCGUAGAUAUGUUUCUUCUGGUAUCACCAAUGCCGUAAAAAAUACAAAAAGAGAAGAAUUUACAGCAAGACUAGCUGCAGGACCUCACCUGAAAGAGUUUUUAGCUAAAUCGACUCCACCAAUUGAAUUGUCACUCCCCGAUGAGGAAGAUCCACCGCCAUACGUGGCAGCCAGUUCUGCACCAGCUCUGAACAAUAAAGGUCUGUUGUAUGGGUGGGGAGUGUAUUUAGUACAGGUACUGCUAUCAAUGUGUCCAGCCGGUAUUACUGUACCCAAUGCUGGGACUCACAUCAAUGUGUCCAGCCGGUAUUAUUGUAUCCAGUGCUGAGACUGCUAUCAAUGUGUCUAGCCGGUAUUACUGUAUCCAAUGCUGGGACUGCUAUCAAUGUGUCCAGCCGGUAUUACUGUAUCCAAUGCUGAGACUGCUAUCAAUGUGUCUAGCCGGUAUUACUGUAUCCAAUGCUGGGACUGCUAUCAAUGUGUCCAGCCGGUAUUACUGUAUCCAAUUCUGAGACUGCUAUCAAUGUGUCUAGCCGGUAUUACUGUAUCCAAUGCUGGGACUGCUAUCAAUGUGUCUAGCCGGUAUUACUGUAUCCAAUUCUGAGACUGCUAUCAAUGUGUCCAGCCGGUAUUACUGUAUCCAAUGCUGGGACUGCUAUCAAUGUGUCCAGCCGGUAUUACUGUAUCCAAUGCUGAGACUGCUAUCAAUGUGUCUAGCCGGUAUUACUGUAUCCAAUGCUGGGACUGCUAUCAAUGUGUCCAGCCGGUAUUACUGUAUCCAAUGCUGGGACUGCUAUCAAUGUGUCCAGCCGGUAUUACUGUAUCCGAUGCUGAGACUGCUAUCAAUGUGUCCAGCUAAUGGUGAGAACUUCCAAGACAGACUAUUUUUUGCUUAUUUUAAGUCUAUACUAUAAAGUCUAUAAAACUUUAAAGAUUGAUAUCCAUUAAAAUUGAGAAAAACUAUAAGCUACCUCAACCCCGCAGCUAAAAAACAAACAAAAACAUAGUCAUUUACAAGAAUUAAAGAAAGGCUGUGGGGUAGCGUCCCUAUAAUAUGGGCAUUUUCAGGCGAACAGUGCCGUUCUGAGCGAUAUAUGUCUCAUCAGAAGACCUUUCAUUAUAUGAAAACAAACUCUGAGUGAUUUGUUUUGUUUUUGGGAAUGUAUGUUACUCUGUGACUCAGAAUAUAUAUCUCUUAUUUUAGUGUAUUUGGAGACUUACGGAUGUCAGAUGAACGUCAAUGACACCGACAUUGCCUGGUCCAUCUUACAGAGCAGCGGAUACACAAGAACAUCUUCAGUCGCAGAGGUGAAGUAAUCUGCCUCAUCCUUUUCACUCCAUUAAUAAGACCAUUACUUAAUGUAGUCUGUUUUACCGAUUCUAUAUUCUACUUGCCGCUUAUUCCUUCUUACAACUACUACUAUUUAUCUAUAUAUCCAGACAUGAUGAGAACGGAUUGACAUAUAGCAUAAAUACAUUAUAAGCCCAUUGUACAGCUCUACGGUAUCUGAUGGUGUUAUAUAAAUAAUAAUAAUAAUAAUAAAUACCAUUCACUAAAAAUGGAAAGCACUUCGUUAAAACAUAACAUUUGCUCUCAAUAUUUCAGUUUGUAUUUAUUGCCUUUCAUCCUGUUGAAUAUUUUUUUAUUAAAACAUUGACAAUACAGGUUGUGUUUUAUUUAUGCACCAGGCAUAGUGAUUAUUUUUGGCUCCUGGGUGCAAGACCUUUUGGAGUUGUAGAUAGAUAUAGAUUUGUAUAGUUGUAGAAUGAAUUACCAAGCAGUGACACCACGAGAAUUUUUUUUUAGUUUUUCAAAUUUAAUCGUAUCUUUAUUUUCUUCUAUUCUGAAUCAUGCACUCGGGUUAAACUGUUCUAACAUUUAAGAUUCCAUAAAUGUUUCUUUUACACAUGCUUGUGUUGGAAUAUAUCUUUUUUUUUUCUUCUUCUUCUUUGUUAAUAGGCUGAUGUGAUUCUUCUUGUUACGUGCUCCGUCAGGUAAGUCUAAAUUUUGUUAUUUUAUUUUUUAAUGCAAUAGACUCUAUUUGAAGAGCCACUGAAAUGUUCCCACUGCUACUGAAACAGAAGUAGUUUUAAAAUAACUGUAGCGGAUGGUAUUAAGGCUGUCCUCGAGAAUUCGUGUUGAAAAAUGUAUUCGUGUAAUUGUUCUCUUUAUAUCUGUAAGUGUAUGUUGCUUUCGUAUGAUGGUUCGGUAGUUUUCAUACGAAUGAAACUACCGAACCAUCAGACCACCCAGUAAACCGCAGCUUAAUUGACAUAUUGUAUGUGCCUGUGUGGUCACCGUUCGGCAUACGAACCACGUGCGGUGGCCAUCUUACGCAAGAAAAUCUCAGCCGUGUUUGGUCGUCGAGUGUCUGGAACUCAAAUCAGACACUAAAAUACCUGAACACCGCUGAGACCUCCAAAGCUCCAUAAAUCCCGAACGGAGGGACUAGUCAGCCCCCCCCCGUUCGGUAAAAUAAAUGUAGCAAACAAGGGAAUACAUACGAAUAUAAGAUUAGCUGUGGAUGGCAACGAUUACUGUAUGUUUUAACUACCGAACGGAGACCAACCGCAAGGCCCAAACACGUGGAGCCUUUUUCGGAUACCACCUCGUGUGCAGUCGGUCAAAUUACACCUUCCACCUAACUCCCGAACCCCUGGUCCGAUCUGGGUGAAUUUUGAAUAUGUUAGUCACCCAGAUCAGGGCUACCAGGGGGUACCCAAAGCAUUAGUCUAGCUGCUUGUUUUGGGGGUACAUCCAGAAUUUGGGGAAAACUACAGUAUGUUUAAUGGGAUUAUGUGUCACACUGAGGGGAGGAGAUGUGUGGGAGGUAACUGUUACAUUAUUGGAUAUUGUACUGAUUAAUGUGAAUCCCUCCCUUGCAUGGGAGAAAGCUUUAAAAGGAGGUUGUGUGGAUUAAAAGUCAGUUCUGCUCCUGAUGCUGUGUGUCGUCCAGUCAUUGGGAUCUGUAUGGGGAUAUUUGUGGAUUACCUUACUUGCUGUGAUUAUUAUUCUAUGGUAGUUUAUUACUUGUUCCUGAGCCUCACUGGGAUCUCUAGUGGAGUUACCCUGUGAAAGACCUGCUCUCCACUACAAUAACCUUUUAGAUUCUGAAAUAGAAAGCAUAUACAUUUUAACGUGCGUGCCGAAUUUUAUCUGCCUGGUAUUUGAAAUCGCAGAACACAUUCCUCCUUUCACACCUUAAUCAAACGCGAUGAUAGGAAAUAGAAAAAACCUCAGUGGGCCUACUGGUUUUAUAUACAAUAAAAAUCUGUUUCUAAAAUCACAGAAAAAGGGAAAAAUAAGGAUCACUGAAGUAUUUGCACAUAGUAAUACAUAGAUUUUAAUUUCCCACCUUGGUGAAUUACGUUUUGUAAAACAUUAAUCGUAAAAAGUUUAAAUGGAGAUGUAGCGUUUUCCAUAUUUUGGUGUAGGAUACAUUUCUUUAAAAGAAUAGGUGUGAAUGUAAUACAAGUUUAGCUUCUUCGGACAUGUCACUUUAUCUGAAUCUGCAUUGAUGCAGUCAUUUGAGAAAUUCUAAGAGAAGUAUAUUAGAUUAGAGAUUGUACACUAAAUACAGAGUGAGUAAAUAUUGUCACAGCAAAUUCAAGGAUGAAGUCUAUUUUUUUUUUUUUAUUAUAAUUUAUUAUGAUAUUAAGUUCAUGUUUCCUAAUUUACCAUUAAAUUCUAUGGUUGCGUUUUUUUUGGUGUGGGGUACGGGGAGGGUUAUAACCAUUUGAUUCGAUCGCUACCAUUCUAUCAUAGAAAACAUGGGCUAUUUUUGUUAUAUUUUUUGUUACAUUUUAUUAUAGGUCUAUAGAAACGCAAAUACAAAUGUCAAAAUGUAUAUAAGAAAUGCAUACAUUCCAGUGGGAAAAUUAACACAACUAUGUUACAAACAGGGAAAAAGCAGAACAGGCCAUCUGGAACCGCCUGCAACAACUUGGCGCUCUGAAGCGAAAACGCAGCCGAUCGAAAGGUCGUCUGACAAUAGGCAUAUUGGGUAAUGUUCCACAUCUCUAUAAUACUGCAAACGAGCUUUUCGAUUUACUAGUAACCACCAGCAGCAGCCAUAUUACCCGUGUUAUAAGUUGAAGGAAUUUAACACCUUUUAAUUUGGAUCGGGACGAGUUUUGUGAAAUUGCUGGUUACAGUAUUCCUUUCCUUUGCUGAACAGGAUGCAUGGCGGAAAGAUUAAAAGAUGAAAUCCUACAGAGGGAAAAGCUUGUGGACCUUGUGGCCGGACCAGAUGCCUAUCGAGAUUUACCGCGACUUCUAACGGUGGCAGAAACUGGGCAUCAAGUGGCAAAUGUGCUUCUUUCCUUAGACGAAACCUAUGCUGAUAUCAUGCCAGUACAGACAUCUUCAAAUAACGUCACUGCUUUUGUGUAAGUGAAGCAUUUCUUUUUCCAGUUGUUGACUAGCAUUGUCUGCAGCUUGUGCAGCUGUUUCUCUGUAUGGUAUUGGGGUGGGAUCAGCUGACCAUUUAAAUCUCCUGGAUUGUAAUAAUUCAAUGUCUUGCUAAAGGCAUCAGUCAAUGAAAUGGUAGAAUAAAAAAUUAAAAAACUAACUUGAAAGGGAAGAACUAAUUUUCUUGUAUUAUGCAAAUCCCAUGAAUCAAUCUGUUAUCUCGGGGUUGCCAUGUUGGGAUUGACAUGUUUGUGUGUUCUAUGUAGUUGCCUUCUAGCCUUUGGCUCCAUAAAAGAUGUUUUAAAGUGAAAACUGAGGGUAUUCUCAAAGUUGUCCUGUGUACUCUUUGUAGUUCCAUCAUGCGGGGCUGUGAUAACAUGUGCACUUACUGUAUUGUUCCUUUUACCCGCGGACGGGAGAGGAGCCGCCCAGUGUUCUCUGUCUUGGAGGAAGUCCGAAGUCUUUCUGAUCAAGUAAGGGAGGUCAUGCUAACUUGUAUCUAACUGUAUUACGAAGACGCAUGUAGGGCAUGAGUGGAUGUCUGCAAAAUCCUCUUGCAGCGGGUCUAUUUCUUAGUUUGACCACAGUGAACAUGCAAACUUCAGGACAAAAAAUAUGUUAGCUGCACUACUUGUAUGAAAACGUCUUAUAUUUUAAUCUUACUUGUUUUUAAAAAAUAUAUGCUGUCAUAUAAAAGCGCUAUGUAUUGGUAAAAAAAAAAAAAAAAUAGCACUGAAGUUAUGGUUCUAGGAGGUCACAGGUGCCACCUUACCUCAUGGGGUUAAACUGUGAAUGAAAGGUUUAACCCCCAGCAGUCUGGAAGACGGUGCCCAAUCCCUCUGCCCCUCAGAAAACAAUAGUGUUGGUGUCUCUCUCAGCCUAUCACUGGCUCCCUAUUCAAAAAAAGUAAAAAAGGUACUUUUUCUUACUGGUUAAACCUCUUGAGGUAAGAUGGCGCCUGGCACCCCAUAUCCGUUUUAUUGCAGUGAAGUAGUUAUAGUGCCCAGAGUGGUUUGACAAGGUCAGUUAAAGGGGGUCCUCAUUUUUUGCACUGCAUAGAAAACACAUUUAAAAAUAAAAUUUUGAGGAAAAUAAUGAAACAAACGAUUUCACAAAAUAGUUUGUUUCCAUUUCCAGCAAAAAAGAGAAAUCUCUGAAAGCUGUGUUUUCACGUUGUCUAUAUCAGUUGUUAGAAUGUAUUUAUGUAAGGACUGUGAUGUACUGCCAGUGUAUAUUUCUGCAGGGCAUUAAGGAAGUUACCUUACUGGGUCAGAAUGUUAACAGUUACCUGGACAGUACGACGGCUCAGGGUUCUGGGGCAGGAACACCUCGCCUGAGCCGCGGAUUUAGCACCAUCUACAGGCAAAAACAGGGAGGCCUUCGGUUUGUCGAUCUGCUUGAUCAGGUCUCCAGAAUCAACCCAGAAAUGAGAAUCCGGUUCACAUCGCCACAUCCCAAAGAUUUUCCUGAUGAGGUACUGAAUUUUGGGAAUAUAGCAUAUGUAUCAAAUGUUUUUAUAUAUGGAACUAUUGCUAAAAGGUUUCCCCAUAUAUGGUGAACCAGGCCAGGAUACUCCUGGCAUCAUAACCUCUACAGCAAAUUGUAGUGGUUAUGGUACUUGAUGUAACCCUUCACGAAAAACACAGAUUAAAAUGUUAAUUUUAUAAAUCCGUUGCAUAUUUGUACUUUGGUUCCAUGCUCAGAGCGUUGUUUGUUUUGCAGAUACAUUUUUUGUUUUUUUUGUUUUGUUUUUUUGUAAUUCUUCCUUCAGCCUCUUCAUCAUGGGGAAGGAAUAUCUUCUUCUGAAACCCUGAAAUCACUUGUCCCGAUGAUGAUUGUGUCUGUAUUUUACAGGUUCUUCAGUUAAUUUGUGAUCGUCCGAACAUUUGCAAACAAAUUCACAUUCCAGCUCAGAGCGGAAGUACCAGAGUUUUAGAGACUAUGCGUAGAGGGUGAGAUUAUUAUUUCAUUAUUUGUAAUUAUUUUCCAAACUUCACUAGUUUUGUUAACUUACUGCUUUUAAAUGAGGAAAAAUACCAGAUCCAUAUUCUAACAGAGAAUACGGACCCGUUAAGCUUUUCCAAGUUCACAGAUGUGUGGUGAGUCAGGCGAGAUAGGCCAAAAAAAUGUUGAAACUGAAAUAAACGGAGAAAACAGUAGCAGGUCCAAGAAGCCUUUAAUUUCUGUCGCUCUUAUUAUUUAUUAGAUCUUUUCUGUACUAGCCCCAACCACUUUUUACUAUGCUUACUAUGGUUAUGUAAGUGAAAGAUGGACUGAUAAACAAGGCUUCCGAUGUUUAAAUUACAUAACCGGUAACAAUGUGUGAAUGAAUGCUUCUUAAUACAUUUUAUCCAGAAAAACAUUGGUGUAUUUCUUAAUUUAUUUAUUUUUUUUCCCCAAACAUGUAGCUACAGCAGGGAAGCAUACCUGGAGCUCGUGCAGAAUAUCAGGAAAUGUAUACCUGGUAAGUUAUACGCCAGCCAAAAUCAAAUACAGUAGCCCACUGAUGUUUAGAAUCCUGAUGGUUUAAAGGGGACCUGCCACUUCCCAAAAUAUAUCAUUCUAUGUUUAUGUAAAGCAAAGAUUUGUGAAGUGUGAGAAAUAAAUGUAAACUUGGAUCCCUGUCAAUCAUUGUUUUAAGCUCUGUCCUAUGCAUACAGAGAGGAGGAAAAAUUUAACUAGGUUUCCAUUUCUUCUUUUCAUUUGCAAUUUGCACCCUGAUUUUUGUGUGAACUGGACUGGUUUGUACUAUUUGCCAAAUAUUUGAAAGAAAAAGGGGAAACACAUUUUUUUAAAGCAAUUAUUGAAUUUCCAGACAAGUGACCGUUCCACUUAUGAGAUUUCUGUGGUCUAGUUGUAAAAUCUUACAUGGACAGGUAUGUCCACUUUUCCGCUAGUCACCCUAAAGUCCCCAAACAUGUCACUGAUAGAUAAUUGUGGGAUUUUGAGUCCAAGAAUAGUUGAAUGGUCCCCAGGUUAAACCUCUGCUCCAGACCUUUUGGCCACUUUAGCAAUGGCAAUACUAUGACAAGCUGUGUGACCGUUGCAGGUGUUAGUCUCAGCAGUGAUUUUAUCGCUGGGUUUUGCCAGGAGACGGAGGAUGAUCACCAACAGACGAUCUCGUUGUUACGAGAAGUUUCCUAUAACUCGGCUUUCCUGUUUGCUUACAGCAUGAGAAAGGUAACUUCCAGAGAAGACCUUAGGAGCUCUACACCACCUGAAAUAAAGGUAAAGAUCUAACGGAGAAAUGGUCAACUUACGUUUAAUUUAUUAUAUUUAAAUUAGAAAACAAGAGCGUUCCACAGGCUGCAGGACGAUGUUCCAGCAGAAGUUAAGAAGAGGCGGCUGGAGGAGCUGAUCUCCGUGUAUAGAGAGGAGGCUGACCGGGUGAACCGACAAGCUGUAGGGAGCACUCAGCUGGUGCUGGUGGAAGGGGUAAGGACGUGGACCUGUAGAGCAAUUACAUGAGUAUUUUUCCCAAAAUCUGCAAUACUGAGUUUCAAAGAGAAAUUAUGGGGCAGAUUUCUAAUAGUCCCCAUGACAACUCAUUUCUCAUGUUUUAGCAAAAAAUAUUAUUCCUUAACCCCAUCUCAUGUCCACGUUGAUCCCUUGUUCUUUGCUGCUCAGCAUGGUGCUCAGUUCCAGUAUCUACGUGUAGAAGAGACUAGCAAUGCUUGUUUUCUUCCUUUCCUGGAAUGGUUGGGCAUGCUGUGGCCUUCCAGCAGGUGGUAAGAGCUAAUGUGAUGACAUAGCUGGAGGUCGAGUGUCCUUGGAGUGACCUCUGGCAGACGUGAUUAGAGACUGUGUGAUGGGUGAUUACAAUGAAGAUGAGUAAAGUGAAAGGUGUUUUGAUCAAGAAAUCUUUAGAUUAAAAAUAUCUAAUAUGUGUGUAUUAAUGAAUGUACAUCACAGCUGUAUGAUAAUCUCAGUGACUCCUUAGAGUGUAGGAAUGUAUAUCACCAUUGUGUUUUUUGUUUUUUUUAUCAGUUUAAUUAGUGAUAUCUGUUAAAAUGUCGUCAAAAUCAGGAAAUAUCCAUUCUGAUAACAGCAAUGAGAAUUCCUUAAGGGGGGGUGGGGGGGAGCAGAAACCCAAAAAGAUUAUCCCUGAGAUCUAGGUUGCAUUUUAGACAAUGGGUUCUGCUGAAGUAUUGUGUCAGAAGUUUGCUGCACACAUAGUUGCUUCCACCGCCUAUCUCCACCCCCUAUCCUGACAAACAGAUACACACACACACACACACACACACACACAUGCAGAUUCACAGACACAUACAAUGACAUAUGUGAAGAUGCAUACGCUGACACAUAGAUACACAGACACACAUGCAAAAUGUACACAUUUUAAGCCACCUUCCUAUUUUCAACCUUUUGGGUGCAGGAGGGUGUCUUCCCUGGGCUCCAGUCAGCUGGCUGAGGCUCUUGGGAGUCAGAGACUCUCCCACUCCGCGCCCCCUUCUCUCUGCCUUUUACUCUGGUGCGGCUUGGUGUUAUGUGGGAGGAAGUGACAGACUCUCACUCCCUCCCAGCGCCGCUGAGUUUAAAGGGACCCAGUUGUCAAAGUGUUUUCAGGGACCCGGUUCUUCUACGCAGCCCUUUAACAGCGCAACCAGGUCCCUGAAAACACUUUGCCAUCGGGUAGCCCUAAGUUCAUGGGCCACCCAGUGAUACCCCCUGAGCGAGCAGACCCUGCUGGCAACACGGCAUUCCUUCUCCCUGUUGCCAAGUCUUUCUCCUCCCCCCAGCUUGACCUCCCUGACUUUCCAGCCCCUGCAGUGAGGUGGUGUGACAUCUCCAGUGGAGUACUUUGCUGUGGAGUGCUUUGCGUUGGUGUGGGGGUGUAUGCCAGCCAGGGUUACGCUAACCAGAAACAGUGUUUUUAUUUUAUUGGUUGGAGUAACCCUUUAACUUAAACCAGUCUUAGUACCCAAGAUUCAUCAAUCAAGAAACGUGUUAUUCUACAAGACUGAUUUAAAGGGACAUUCUGAUACCUAAAUACAAAAAAAAAAAUCUCAUUGUUUAGUAGAUAAAACCUCAAUGAAAGCACCACCAUGGAUAUUAAGUCAGCAUGCGCAAGAGCAUUGAAAAAUGCUGAUAAUUAAUAUGUUCAGCUGUUUAUUAGCAAAUAAUAUUACAUUAUUUCUGUGUGAGGUUUAUAAACAUAUGCUCCUGCUGAUCACUGCAUACCGUAUUUGGAAUAACCUUUUGUAUUCCAGCCCAGUAAGCGUUCACCCCUCGAGCUCUGUGGCCGAAAUGAUGGGAACACGAAAGUGAUUUUUGCCAAUUCCCCUUCGCUAGAUCAUGGAGUUCAGGUCCAGCCCGGAGACUACUGCUUAGUGAAGGUUAUAAAUAAACUCUUUUGUGAAAGCGCUUUAUUAAUUUUAAUUUUUUUUCUACCUCGUUUGUUCUGCUAUAAGUCCACAAGUAGAGGACUGGUACAUCUCAUGUUUCUCUAAGGUGCUGUCUCACGUGCUGUGCUGAGUUUAACACCUUUUAUAAAUAUAGUAUUUCUGUAAUUCAAGCAUUGAUGCUUUCAUAUUUGAGACCAUUAAAUUCUCACAUUUUCUCUCCUUGAUUAUUAAGAUUACAAAUAAUAUAGCCUUUAUGUAUAUUGUUUUAGUUGUUUUUCAUUGCAGAUCAGAUCUGCAUGAUUACUCAAUAAACACAGAAAUAUGAGUUUAGUGAGCGUUAUAUUUUUUUUAUAUAUAUAUAUAUAUAUAUAUAUAUAUAUUCUGCAUAAUAUCUUGUAGAAUGUAACGUUUGUGUGUGCUUACUUUCAGAUCAUGUCUUCGAGCUCACAGAGUCUGAAAGGACGGUUGCUUGGCCGCACCACUCUCCAGACCUCUCCAGCUUAUUCUGAACUCUGAUAUACUUGUGGGGUUUUUUUUUGUCUUUAAACUGUCUGGGAGAAGUUAUAACAAUCCAGGUCUUUAGUUUAAAAAAAUUAAAAAUCUGUAUUUUAGUAUUAUUUAAAUCUACCUGCUGUGAAAUGUAUUAACUUAUUGCCUUUUGGGGUGGGAUCUGUAGUCUCUCCAACAACAAUAAAGAAUUUUUAAAAAGC